GAGAAGCAACCAGCUCCGUUUCAGGUCCUUUCCUGAGACUGAUUCGGCUGGAAGGGAGUAGGUCCCGCCAAAUGAAGAAGCUGUGGGAAGACAGGAGGACAAGAACAGGCUCCACGAAGAGAUUUCAGAGCAGAGCUGCGUACUUCUUUUUCUUUUUGUUUCGUUUGCUCUGUCACCCAGGCUGAAGUACAGUGGUUAGCUCACGGCUCACUGCAGCUUUGACCUCCCAGGCUCAAGUGAUCCUCCCGUCUCAGCUUUCCAAGUAACUGGGACCACAGGCAUGCAUCACCACACUAGGCUAUUGUUUUACAUUUUUUGUAGAGAUGGGGUCUCACUAUGUUGCCCAGGUUGGUCUCAAACUCCUGGGCUCAAGCAAUCCGCUCACGUCAACCUCCCCAAAUGCUGGGAUUACAGGCGUGAGCCACCGCGCCAGGCCUGAGUAAUCCUAAUCACAGGAUUUUAAAAAGAAACUUCCUGCGCCACCCAUUAAACAAUAUCUCCUACCAAUUUGGUAGUAAAUAUUUUGCUAAUAGUACCUAAUUUUUAGGUAGGCACUGUGUUUAUACAUACAUCCAUUCCUUCUUUUUUGAUUGUCUUUCUGUUUAAUGGGCAGCUACCUCUUUUGGCAUCUAGCAGAAUGAGCUGCUGCAGUUUACACAAAAAGAAUGGAGAUCAGAGUACUUUUUGUGCCACCAACGUGUCUGAGAAAUUUGUAGUGUUACUAUCAUCACACAUUACUUUUAUUUCAUCUAAUAUUUCACCUUCCGGUCCUGCGUGGGCCGAGAGGAUUGCCUUACGCAUGUCUGUACGUAUGCAUGUAACUCACAGCCCCUUCCUGCCCGAACAUGUUGGAGGCCUUUUGGAAGCUGUGCAGACAACAGCAACUUCAGCCUGAAUCAUUUCUUUCAAUUGUGGACAAGCUGCCAAGAGGCUUGAGUAGGAGAGGAGUGCCGCCGAGGCGGGGCGGGGCGGGGCGUGGAGCUGGGCUGGCAGUGGGCGUGGCGGUGCUGCCCAGGUGAGCCACCGCUGCUUCUGCCCAGACACGGUCGCCUCCACAUCCAGGUCUUUGUGCUCCUCGCUUGCCUGUUCCUUUUCCACGCAUUUUCCAGGAUAACUGUGACUCCAGGCCCACAAUGGAUGCCCUGCAACUAGCAAAUUCGGCUUUUGCUGUUGAUCUGUUCAAACAACUAUGUGAAAAGGAGCCACUGGGCAAUGUCCUCUUCUCUCCAAUCUGUCUCUCCACCUCUCUGUCACUUGCUCAAGUGGGUGCUAAAGGUGACACUGCAAAUGAAAUUGGACAGGUUCUUCAUUUUGAAAAUGUCAAAGAUGUACCCUUUGGAUUUCAAACAGUAACAUCGGAUGUAAACAAACUUAGUUCCUUUUACUCACUGAAACUAAUCAAGCGGCUCUACGUAGACAAAUCUCUGAAUCUUUCUACAGAGUUCAUCAGCUCUACGAAGAGACCCUAUGCAAAGGAAUUGGAAACUGUUGACUUCAAAGAUAAAUUGGAAGAAACGAAAGGUCAGAUCAACAACUCAAUUAAGGAUCUCACAGAUGGCCACUUUGAGAACAUUUUAGCUGACAACAGUGUGAACGACCAGACCAAAAUCCUUGUGGUUAAUGCCGCCUACUUUGUUGGCAAGUGGAUGAAGAAAUUUCCUGAAUCAGAAACAAAAGAAUGUCCUUUCAGAGUCAACAAGACAGACACCAAACCAGUGCAGAUGAUGAACAUGGAGGCCACGUUCUGUAUGGGAAACAUUGACAGUAUCAAUUGUAAGAUCAUAGAGCUUCCUUUUCAAAAUAAGCAUCUCAGCAUGUUCAUCCUACUACCCAAGGAUGUGGAGGAUGAGUCCACAGGCUUGGAGAAGAUUGAAAAACAACUCAACUCAGAGUCGCUGUCACAGUGGACUAAUCCCAGCACCAUGGCCAAUGCCAAGGUCAAACUCUCCAUUCCAAAAUUUAAGGUGGAAAAGAUGAUUGAUCCCAAGGCUAGUCUGGAAAAUCUAGGGCUGAAACAUAUCUUCAGUGAAGACACAUCUGAUUUCUCUGGAAUGUCAGAGACCAAGGGAGUGGCCCUAUCAAAUGUUAUCCACAAAGUGUGCUUAGAAAUAACUGAAGAUGGUGGGGAUUCCAUAGAGGUGCCAGGAGCACGGAUCCUGCAGCACAAGGAUGAAUUGAAUGCUGACCAUCCCUUUAUUUACAUCAUCAGGCACAACAAAACUCGAAACAUCAUUUUCUUUGGCAAAUUCUGUUCUCCUUAAGUGGCAUAGCCCACGUUAAGUCCUCCCUGACUUUUCUGUGGAUGCCGAUUUCUGUAAACUCUGCAUCCAGAGAUUCAUUUUCUAGAUACAAUAAAUUGCUAAUGUUGCUGGAUCAGGAA